AUGGCACCCCUUCCUGGUAUUUCACUUGACUCUGGAUAUGUUUGUAAGCUUAAGAAAGCAUUAUAUGAUCGUAUCAUUUUGUCUUUAUAUGUUGAUAAUAGGAUUAUUGCUAGUGAUGACAUUGAUGGUAUUUCAGUUUUGAAAACAGAGUUGGCUAGACGAUUUGAAAUGAAGGAGUUGGAUGUUCUUGAGUGGACUAGACUUACUGAUAACAUGACUGUAGAUACUCCAAUUGAGGUUAAUGCAAGGUACUCUUUUUCUGAUGGUUUACCUUUGAUAAAUCCUACUUUAUACCACACUAUUAUUGAGAAUUUGGUAUAUCUCACCAUUACUCGUCUAGAUAUUGCAUAUGAUGUUCGUGUAGUUAGUCAGUUUGUUGUUUCUUCUACUACUGUUCACUGGGCAGCUGUUCUUCGUAAUGAUAUCUUUGGGGUAUAG